AUCUCUCCUCGACAAUGGUGAGGUCAAGUAUUCUUUGGGACCCCUACUGCCUGGCGUACCUGAGUUGGGAGGACAUAGAGGCACUCAUGCUGCGGGAGAAAGAACCGCCGCGGCGUCGGGUGUAUGCAUCGCGAGGUGGCCUACUGAACCUGGACUCAAUGUCGAGCCACUGUUUUCGACGACAGUUUCGAUUCGAAAAAGCUGACUUUCCAGUGCUCGUGCGUGCCCUGAAGAUGCCGCAGUACAUCACUAGUGCCCAAGGAGUGAGGGUAACGGCCACAGAAGCCCUAUGCAUAUGUCUCCGGAGGCUUGCCUAUCCAAACAGGCUGUGUGACCUACAAGAAUGCUUUGGGCGUCACUAUUCUGUGGUGUCGAGCGUAUAGAAUAAAGUACUCUACCACAUCGAAAAGAACUUCGGUUGCCUCCUGAGCAAUAUGACCAUUCACCCGUGGCUCAAAAAUUCGGACUUGGAAGCUAUGAGCGAGGUAAGUUAUAUUUUCUUUGUUUAGCCCUUCGAGGCUGAUCACAUUAGUGCGCGUUCUCAUGCUGAUAUUUGUUUGCCCCAGGCUGUUCAUCGUAAAGGUGCUCCUCUGAGCAACUGCUGGGCAUUUAUCGUCGGUACUGCGCGCCCCAUAUGCCGACCCUCGCAAGACCAGCGCCUGUACUUUUCCGGACACAAGAGGCUACAUGUGCUCAAAUACCAGUCUUUGAUGUGUCCAAAUGGGCUCAUCUGCCAGCUGGAUGGACCAUACCCGGGACGAAGGCAUGAUGCUGGCAUUCUUCGGGACAGCCAGUUGUAUGAAAAGCUGGAAGCAUUGGCACUGGACAAGGAUUUCGUUAUAUACGGCGACCCAGCCUAUCCUCUCCGCCCACUGCUUAUGAAGCCCUACGGAGGAGCAGCAUUGACAGCCACCCAGCAAGAGUUCAAUUCAUCCAUGAGUGCGGUCAGACAGGCCGUUGAGUGGGGAUUCGGAAAGAUUAUCUCAGAAUUUGCAUUUCUGGACUUUAAAAAAAACCAAAAGAUACUACUACAGGCCGUACCACGCAUGUACAGAGUUGCUGUUAUCCUGACCAACUGCCAUGCUUGUAUGUAUGGUAACCAAGUCUCCACAUAUUUUUGA